GUGACGAAGGAACCCGUUGACUUCAGCAGCAACAUAGCAAGUUAUCGAAGUACAUGCAAAUGUCAACCAUGCAGACCAUCGCCAAGACCAGAGGAGGAGGAGGAGGAGGAAGAGGAGCGAUGGAGGACGAGGAGGAAGAAAAAGAGGAGGAGGAGGAGGGGGUGGUGGAGGAGGAAGAAGAGGAGGAGGUGGAGGAGGAAGAGGAGGAGGAGGUGGAGGAGGAAGAGGAGGACGAUGAGGAGGAAGAGGAGGAAGAGGAGGAGGAGGAGGAGGAAGAAGAGGAGGAGGACGAGGACGAGGACAAGGAGUAGGUGUAGGAGGAGAAGGACGGCAAGGGCAAUGA